CUCAUGUCGUCAAGUUUGUCAUGCACACAUGUGAAAAUUCAUUGAACAUCUUGUGUCAAAAUUUUGACGUGAAUUUUAUCCCAAAUUGAAAAAAAAGGACCAACGUUGCGAUGAAUCAAAUUAGAAGUAAAAUUCUCGGCUAUAGAAGAACCCUACCAGGGAUAUUUCAGUAUUGCGCGAGUUCUUUAAUCACGGCUUCCAGAAACCUGUCAAGAGCGCAGACUCGACAUGCCAUAGCUACUGCCCAAGAUGUGGCAACCGAAGCGUGCGCAGUGAGGACGCACAAAGGGUUGGUUCUCGGCCUUUACACAAAUCCAGACGAUUUCUUAGACGUCGGCACCUUGACUCCUACAGGACAGAGGUACAACAGCUAUGUGAACAACAGAAUCAUGGAACUUCUUCAUUUUACCGGACCACCGCCGAGGAAAGGGGUAGUUAGGAUAUUUUAUGACGUGGACAAAGCUUUCGAUGCUGUGGCUGUUGUUGGGCUGGGAAGGCAAUGCCAAGGGUACGACGUUUUCGAACAGAUGGACGAAAAUAAGGAAGCUAUAAGGAUAGCAGCGGCUGCUGGAUGUCAGGCGUUGCAAGAUCUCCACAUGAGGAAGAUAUGCGUAGAUAGUUUUGGCCACUCGGAAUCGGCAGCAGAAGGGGCGGCUUUAGGUGUCUGGCUGUACCAGGAGAAGAAGACGAAGCGAAACCAGCUUAUCAUCCCUCUCCUCGAGCUCCACGACGACUGCGAUUGGACGGGAUGGCAGAUAGGUCUGCAGAAGGCUGCGGCCCAGAACUUAGCCAGGCAGCUGAUGGACACACCCGCGAAUCUCAUGACGCCGACUUCCUUCGCCCAAAACGCGGUGGAAGUACUGUGCAAGUCCGGGGUUAACGUGGAGGUGAAAGUCAGAGGCUGGGCGGAAACAAACAACAUGAACGCGUUCUUGGCCGUAUCGGCGGGUUCCUGCGAACCUCCGAUAUUCCUAGAAAUCAGCUAUUACGGAUGCUCGAGGGACGAGAGACCGGUGGUCUUGAUCGGUAAAGGGGUCACUUACAACAGCGGAGGGUUGUGUCUGAGGAAUCUGGCCCAUCAGCAGUUGAUGAGGGGUGAGAUGUCCGGCGCUGCGGUUGUAGUUGCCACCUGUAAGGCCGUAGCCGGCCUUCAACUCCCCAUCAACGUCCGCGGUCUGAUACCCCUCUGCGAGAACAUGCCCGGAUGCGGUGCAGUGAAACCCGGGGACGUCAUCAAGUGCAGCAAUGGGAAGAGCCUGUUCAUCGAGAGCACCAAAUGCGCAGGUCGUUUGGCUCUGGUCGACACAGCCUUCUACGCUCAAAACUUCUGGCCUAGGUUCAUCAUGAACGUAGGAGCCAUAUCGGCCUGCACCAGGAAGAGUUUCGGGCAAUCUUGCACUGUGGCGAACACAAAUUCGGAAGCCUUGUGGGAGUACAUGUUUGCCGCCUCGAUGCACACCGGAGACAGGGUCUGGAGGAUGCCUCUGUGGAAACAUUUCACUCGAUUGCUCACUGAAAACCACGAAUGCGACGUCAAGGUAAAUGGGAGGGCCAGAUCUACGGAUACGCAUUACGGAGGACCUUGCAAAGUUGCUUCUUUCAUAGACGCGUUCAUGCCAGCUGGCGAUUGGAUCAAUCUGGACACCAUGGGAGUGAUGUAUUCCACGGGAAAUGACUUCGUUUAUUUGAGAGAAGGCAUGUCGGGUCGACCCACCAGAACCAUAAUCGAAUUCUUGUCCCAAAUAGUUUGUCAGAAUGCUUGCGCGUGAUGUGUGCAUGAUACACCUUGUCAAUGUGAAUGCCAAUAAAAAUCAUACUUCUU